AUGGUCUUCAAGUUCGCAGCCUACCACAGAUAUCUUCCCUUGAAGACCUCGGACGUUGAAGCGAAUGAUUCAGGCCAUCAUAAAUCUGGGGCAGCUUCCCACCGUCUCAUCACCGUCUUGCUAGUUCUAUGUGCUGCCGCUGCCGGAUUUCUAGCCGGACGAGUGUCAACAUCGUCAUCGCCUGAUUCCACAGGCCUACUGCCAUCUUUGGGGAACGAGGCUCAAGUUUGGCGUCAAAACAUCUCUUUCUCUGGCCCCCCGACCGAAGAGACCGAGAGAGCGUGGGAAUCGAUAUACCCAGUUGGGCGCGGUUUUGUGCGGCAUGAUGCGAUUACACAUGACCGAGUAGGAAGCAUUGCAGUAUUCCACCAGAUACAUUGUGUCCACGGAAUCCGUGUAGCCUACUACGCCGUCUUGCAAAGAUCGCAGAGCGACAACGGUUCCGCAAACCCCUUCGUGGAGAAGCUCGCCGCGAUGGACGACCUGCACCACGUAGCCCACUGCUUCGACUACCUGAGACGAUCCCUCAUGUGCGCGUCAGAUACGAACGUGGAGUAUCCGGAUGAAAAUCAUGUGACGUCGGGCUGGAACAACGCGAAGACUUGUCGGGACUACGAGAGUGUGAAGCAGUGGGUUGAACAGUGGCGGGUUGGGGACCGGGGGGACAUCCAAUGA